AUGCAGGAAUGCCAUGAGCUUGUGAAGCAACUGAGUGCCAAGAAAGCUGGGGGGGCUGAAGCACAAGGCAACACUUCGAGCAACCAAGAUGGACCAGAAGAGCAGCAGAAGGAGAGCGAUGACAUGGAUGGUGCCAUGGACAUGUUGGCAACUGGUGGAGAUGGCCUGGCCGUGGAGGAUCCGGACACUGUGGCUGCCAAAUCAUAUGCCUUGUCGGAAUUUGAUCAUGUGCAUCCAUUCAGCAGCGCCACUGAGCUGAAAGCAGCGCUCAGCAGAGAUGUGCUGGUGGGCCACAAGAUGGCAGUGAUCAUCGAUGCUGGGACGAGCAGGCUGAAGGUGAACUCCGGGUACAUAGAUGUUUGCAAGGAGGUCUUGACAGAGUGCAACUUGUCAAAGUAUGCCAUCGGCAUUGUUCUCGGGCCGAGGCUGGAUUUGAUGGAUGCCCUUAUGAAAAGAUGCCAACAGACCUUCAAGAAUGGUCGGACUGUCUUGAUACAGCUCACGGCUGGGGCAACACAGAGACUUGGAAAGUCGCUGCCAUCCUUCCUGAUCUUGGUUCACAGCGACACCAACAUUCCCCUCCCGUAUUCGGCGGAGUUGUUGAAGUACAGAUCUGAUUCUUUGGAGCAGCCACGACUUCGGUGCAUGACGAAGAGCUGCUGCUUCAGGUCAACGACUGAGAAAGCCCUUUUGAUCAGCAUCUUGCCUUUGGACUCAGUACUUAAUGUUUCGUCCUGA